AUGGCACCUCCCGAACGAACAUGGCGCUUCGACCUCAACCCUGGGCCAGGAGAGGCCCCAAAAUCAUUGGCUAGACCUCUGGGAUUCAAUCCGGGAGCAUUAAUUGACGAUGAUGACGCCACCGGGCCGAGCGCACUGGCACAGGAGAACUUGAAAAAGAAGAGGGCGAUGGAGAUCGCGCUAGGGCCGGGGAAAAGUAUCUUGAUGAACGGUUUCAUGAUGUACAUGUCGGGGGCUGGCAUUCACAUCUUCAGCAUCAUGAUUACCUUCAUGGGGAUCAUGAAUCCCGCUAAGGCGAUCCUCAGCGUUCACAGUGUCUUCCGAACAGUCGACGAUGGCAAGAUUUCCCUGCUCUUGCCGAAGCUCAUAUUUUGCGCCGUCAACUUUGGGGGAGUAUGUGUCGCUCUUUGGAAGAUGGCCAAGAUGGGACUGUUGCCUGUAACCGCGGCGGAUUGGACGUCUUACCUGGUGCCGAAACACGCCAUCGAGCAGUCGGGAGUUCCAUUAUGAUACUAUGAUGCUUGGGAAAGAGGGGACUAGUCUUGGUUGGCAUGAUUCCCUAGAAGUUGGUUUUGUAAUUGUCACCGACCGUUGUGGAUCUGUUGGUUGUUUUUUUGGACAUCUCAACGCAAAUUGACCUGCUUUGGCCACCUUGUUAUCGCGUAUCGUACUACUGGGCAUGCCCGGUAUCAGCAGCCCCAAGUAGCGUUGUCUUGGGCUAGAUUUUGG